CCCUCCCCCGCCCCUCCGGUCCUGUCUCCAGCGGGAGCGCGAGACGCUGGUCAGGCUCCGCGGCGCCGCGGAAAAUGAGCACUCGCCCCCGUUGACUCGAGUCGCCGCGCCGGCCGCGCCGCGCUGCCUUCUCCAUUGCUCCCCGAAAAGCGAAUCAAAACAAAAAGCCAGCAGCCAACCAAGACUCCGGCUCGUCGCUCGCCUUGUUUUUUUCACCGCCUGCGGGAUUCGCGAGCCGCGUUACAUGCAUGUCCAGUGGGGGUAGGUUUAAUUUUGACGAUGGAGGGUCCUACUGCGGAGGCUGGGAGGACGGCAAGGCGCACGGCCAUGGCGUCUGCACCGGCCCCAAGGGCCAAGGCGAAUACACCGGCUCGUGGAGCCACGGCUUCGAGGUGCUGGGCGUCUACACCUGGCCCAGCGGCAACACGUACCAGGGCACUUGGGCGCAGGGCAAGCGCCACGGCAUCGGCCUGGAGAGCAAGGGGAAGUGGGUGUACAAGGGCGAGUGGACGCACGGAUUUAAGGGGCGCUACGGGGUGCGGGAAUGCACGGGCAACGGGGCCAAAUACGAAGGGACCUGGAGCAACGGGCUGCAGGACGGCUAUGGCACGGAGACCUACUCGGAUGGAGGGACGUACCAGGGCCAGUGGGUCGGCGGCAUGCGCCAAGGCUAUGGUGUGCGGCAGAGCGUCCCCUAUGGCAUGGCGGCAGUGAUCCGCUCGCCCCUGAGGACGUCCAUCAACUCCCUGCGCAGCGAGCACACCAACGGCACCGCGCUGCACCCGGACGCCUCCCCAGCGGUGGCCGGCAGCCCGGCCGUGUCCCGGGGCGGCUUCGUGCUGGUGGCCCACAGCGACUCCGAGACCCUCAAGAGCAAGAAGAAGGGGCUGUUCCGGCGCUCACUGCUCAGUGGGCUGAAGCUGCGCAAGUCGGAGUCCAAGAGCAGCCUGGCCAGCCAGCGCAGCAAGCAGAGCUCCUUCCGCAGCGAGGCGGGCAUGAGCACGGUCAGCUCCACGGCCAGCGACGUCCACUCCACCAUCAGCCUGGGCGAGGCCGAGGCCGAGCUGGCGGUCAUCGAGGACGACAUCGACGCCACCACCACGGAGACCUACGUGGGCGAGUGGAAGAACGACAAGCGUGCGGGCUUCGGCGUGAGCCAGCGCUCAGACGGGCUCAGGUACGAGGGCGAGUGGGCCAGCAACCGGCGGCACGGCUACGGCUGCAUGACCUUCCCCGACGGCACCAAGGAGGAGGGCAAGUACAAGCAGAACAUCCUCGUGAGCGGCAAGCGCAAGAACCUCAUCCCGCUGCGCGCCAGCAAGACCCGCGAGAAGGUGGACCGGGCUGUGGAGGCGGCCGAGCGGGCGGCCACCAUCGCCAAGCAGAAGGCCGAGAUCGCAGCGUCCAGGACCUCCCACUCGCGGGCCAAGGCUGAGGCCGCCCUCACCGCGGCUCAGAAAGCGCAGGAGGAAGCCCGGAUCGCCAGGAUCACUGCCAAAGAGUUCUCUCCUUCCUUCCAGCACCGGGAGAACGGGCUGGAGUACCAGAGGCCGAAGCACCAGGGCUCCUGCGAUGACAUCGAGGUGCUGUCCACCGGCACACCGCUGCAACAGGAGAGCCCCGAGCUGUACCGCAAGGGCACCACCCCUUCAGACCUGACCCCGGAUGACAGCCCGCUGCGGAGCUUCCCCGCCAGCCCCGCAGCUACGCCUCCGCCGGCCCCCUCCAGGAGCAGGGCGGCCCACUUCUCACGGCAGGUCUCAGUGGACGAGGAGCGAGGCGGGGACAUCCAGAUGCUCCUGGAGGGCCGGGGAGGGGACGACACCCGGAACAGCCGGGGAGGGGAGAAGGCAGGGGGCUGCAGGGGCGUUCGCAGCAGCGCCCUGCGCAGCAGCCAAGGCACCGAGGACUUCCGCACCCGGGGCGCGGGCCACAAGCAGCCCGGGAACCCCAAGCCCCGGGAGCGGCGGACGGAGUCCCCCCCAACAUUCUCGUGGACUUCCCACCAGCGGGCGGGCAACCCUGGCUCCGGGGGCGCCAAGCUGCAGGAGCCCGGCGAGGAGCAGCUGAGCAACUACAAGCUGGAGAUGAAGCCCCUGCUGAGGAUGGACUCCUGCACCCCAGAGCCGCACCCCCAGAGGAGACGCCACGGCCGGGGCGCGGGGGGCGACCGGCGCUCCGAGGACCGGGGCUUCGGGCUGCAGAGACUGAGGUCCAAGUCCCAGAACCAGGAGAACCUGCGGCCGGCCUCCUCCGUGGAGCCUACCGUGCAGAAGCUGGAGAGCCUGCGGCUGGGGGACCGGCCUGAGCCCCGGCUGCUGCGCUGGGACUUGACCUUCUCCCCACCCCAGAAGUCUUUGCCUGUCGCACUGGAGUCCGAUGAGGAGAACGGGGAUGACCUCAAGUCCAGCACAGGCUCAGCUCCCAUCCUGGUGGCCAUGGUGAUCCUGCUCAACAUUGGAGUCGCCAUCCUGUUCAUCAACUUCUUCAUCUGAGCGACUGUCCCGCCCGCAGAAGCACCGGUAUGCAAAGGGGGAACUGGAAAGGGAACGCCCCGCUCGGACAGCCCCGGGACUUCCAGUCUUUUCACAGAAGAACACCACGGUUGGGUAUUACUCACAGUUUGCCUUUUUUUCUGGGUAAUGUUUUUUGGAUUUUAGCCAAAAUUCUUUGCUUGUGUAACACUAUGCUGUGUGGCAUGGCAGAAGGAGGCCAGCACGCCGACCCUCCCGCUUGACGUGGAAAGAGAAGGGAUCCGGCACACCAGCGGCAGAGAAGUCGUGGUCCUCGCCCUUCCCGCUGGGUGUGGACAGAGGUGGCGGUGGUCGAGGAAGCGCUCACAGGGUACCCAGCUAGCCAGGCUAACACGGAAGGCGGAGUGACUUUGCUUUCCUCUGUCUGAACAGCUGGCCUUGAGCAUGGGCGCCAAGCAGGGGGAGCAGGGUGUCCUGUCCUGCUGGGAGCAGCCCAGGCCUUUUUCUACUUCAAAUCUGUGCUGCAUCCUCAAGGGGAAGGAGAACCACGCUUCUCUUCUCCCACACACCAGACCACGGCCUCCCUCCUCUUGGCACUGCCCCAUGGCCUCCUUGUGAGGCCACCUCCCCACACCGAGUCUUAACACAGAGUCCUCCCUGCCCCACCCCACUCACUCACCAUCACCGCCGGCCGUCCGCUCAGCACACACAGGGAGGCUGUGCUGCAGGCGUCCGGGGUGACCCAGAUCUGGCUGGCACAGCCAAGUGCUGCGGGGCUGUGCCCCAGGCGUGAGGGCUGGGGCCCACUGUGCCAUGGACAGUCUGACAUCAUGCCUGGGCUCUGAGCAUGUGGCACUUUUGCACUUAGUAUGCAGGAUGUAUAUUCAGGCUUCCGUCCCUGGCAGUGGCGCCCCAGAAGCUGUCACCUCUUGCUGUUACCUCCACGGUUCUCACAUCUCUGUACUGUGCCUGCCUCCACUUCCCCAACAGAUAUGCAUAUUCCUUCCAGAUGCCUCAGUGCUACUCCAGCGCAGUUCUGGCCCCGGGACAGGAAUGUCAUUGAAACCCAGUGGCUUGACUUUCCUAGACGUUGUUGCAUACCUGACACCUCCCCAAUGUGCAAUGUUCAACUCGUUUCGGUCAAACAAAAACAGGUUCCUUACGUUUCUGCCUUCUCUACCAGGGUCGUUCCAUUAUCCAAACAAACGAGGGAUGCCAGACCGUCUGGUGGCCGAGGGCAGCCCAGGCGUGUCCGUAGGCAGGAGCCUGCGUGCAUGCCUGGGAGGCCGGCGCUCCGUCCGUCUCAUGGACCCUGCCUUGCUUUGCUUACGUUAGCCGUCUCUGCUGCCUUUCGAGCAGAGCUUCUUUACUACACUGCACUGGAUUGCUAUAUUUUUAACCAGAAAUAAACUAAAGAUUAGAGCAUGUUGCAGUCACAUUCAGUUUCUAUUGUUUUCCGUUAUCCAUUCACUCCCCGUUCCUUCUCACAGUUUGGUUUGGGGGGCACAGGUGAGGGAGGGAUGCUCAGCAGAUGAUCCAUUUCUGACAAUGUUCCUUUCUAAAGGGAUAUUACAUCUUUUGUACAUCUUUCCGUUCCUCUUUUUUAAUAUCAAGUGGUUGCUGCAGACCUGAAGUGAACCAAAUAAAGAUUCCUGCUCUUUGCAGCUCUAAGAAUCAUCCAUGUUGGGAUGUGUUUUGUAACUGUUUGCAACUCUUUGUAAAAACAAUGAGACUUCUUUUGUACAUUCCAGUAACUGCAUGACACAAAGGGGACCUACAAACGCAGGUGGUUCCUUGCAGGCCAUGCCACAGGUAUGUGAGAAGCAGAGCACAAACCUGAGGCUGGGCAGGGGCACAUGUGCCUCCACACCCAUGCUCGCAGAUGCGUGGCCAGCACAGCACUCUCUGCUGCCAGUGACACCACCGACAAGACCAGACCCUGCCCAGAGCUUUGUCUGCAGUCUGCAGCAACUGCAGAGGGGAAGCCAUCUCCCCUGUUCCUGGUGCAGUCCGAGGAUCUGAGCAAGGCCAAGAUCCACUGGGUCUGGCGUCUAGAUAGCUGGUUUCCAGCUGGUGCAUGCACCGGUGGCUGCACCUGUCCAGAACCCCCACUUCCCCCACAGGGUCCUGGUGGGCCAUUGUGGGGCCAGAUGAGCACGGCAGCAGGCAGGCCAAGCACCAGGUCCCACACUGGCUCCCAGUGCACAGAGCCACAUCCUAAGAACCAUUUUCUUCCUGUCAGCCUCUUGCCUGCUCCAGGAGGGGAAACCAGAUGCAGAGAGGAACCUCGUGUGUUUCCCGAGACCCUGCUACUGGGCUGCCAGGAGUGGGAAUGACACUGUGUUCCCACAGCUGAGCAGUGUCCUUCAUGGAGACUUUGAGGACUCCCUGCACACUGGACUUCUGUCAGUCAUGUAACACGCAUGGGUCAUUCCAGAAAAACGCUCAUCCAUUCUUUUGGAUUCUAGGUUUUGUAACUGCUAGCACACAGGUUCCCCAAAGAUAAAGAUGAAGCCUGCAGCACAGAGCCCGAUGUAACUGAAGGGGAAGACAGUGGCACAGGAAGUUCUGCAUGGUGCCCCAGGGCAGUGCUCGCUGCCCAGACUCUUCGGGGGUGGGGCCCACAGGGACACAGACUGAUGCUCCUUCUGCACAGCCCAGUCCAUCGUCCAGCCAAUAAACUGCUCUUUUUUGAAACCCUGCUGCACAAGGUGUGAGCAGACACGUACACUCCUCCCUGGAUGGCCUGGAGGCACUAAGCCCAGGAUUCCUCAGUGAAGUCUCAGGCCAGGCUGCGCUGGCUCCCCCCCCCCCCACCACACCUCCCUCAGGCUGUGGCACUUGGACAGGGUGGCCACACACACUGGCCCCAACCCUCCCUGCUCCUCUUCACCCGCAAAAUGGCUCCAGUUUAGACAGACUACAGGGCACCCCACAUGAAGACGGAAGGACGUGGUCCCGAGCCUGCAGGUGCCAAGCCUGAGGUACCUGGGUGCCAAGAAGAGCAUCUGGGAGACACAAGAAACAUUUCGGCUUUGGGUGCUUGUUUAGCUUGGGUUUGGGGCUGUCCAACACUUUUGAGUGUCAGCACCAGUAUUACUUCUCUGGCAGGCCUGUACCCACGUGGACCUGCGGGCUGCAGCGGCCAGGGCUGCCCUCCAGGGCUAACAGCACCACAGGCCAGGACCUCUGAUCUGCUCCAAAACAUCACGGGAUGGUUACUCAUGUCACUUCACCUGUGCAAUAAAACACUUCACGACAACAGCGCCAGGGGCACCUCUCUCUUCUAGAUAAAGCUCAGUUUCUUUAACUCUUCACAGGUCUCGUCUUCCACCCUUCUUGCCUUUGGUCUCAGAAAAUCAGCAUAAAGGUGCCUACGAGACCCUCCUACAUCUCCACAGCUUGUUGUGCUAUGUGGCUCCUGGCUUCCCUGCCGACCGGAAGGUACAGCUGUCGCAUCUGCGCCUCACAAACCAGAGUGAACAGACUGUUCUCAGGAGGUCCCCUCCACCUUGCGCAGGACGAGGACCGCCUCCUGGACUCCAGGCAGAGGAGGGAGUGAGUCUGAGCUCUGCUGCCCAGGAACUCAGGUGUGCACCCAGCUCUGUCCCCUUGCCCAGGCCUGCCAGGCAGGCAGUGCAGACUGAGAAAACAAUCUUGUCCCCAAGUGCCAAGACGUGUCGCCAACUCAGCCUUAAAAGAAGCAAGAAACAGUAAAGUUGCCUUUGUUUCGGAGAAAAAAGCUGAUCUGCAUUUUCCCAGUGUAGCACCGUGCCUGAGGUACAACUCAGGGACAGAGAUGUCUGAAAGGCAGGAAAACAGCCUGCAGCCCCAAGCCCCUGUGCUGGCCCCUCCUGGGGAGCUGCAGGACAAUGACACCUGAAGAGAUGCAGGUAGGAGGGAGCAGUGUGUGGCAGGAUGGGUAUGGCCCCUGGAGGACCCUGGGCGCGAUUCUUGGAGGAAGGCUGGAGCACGGGACCCUCAGCCCGGCCAGGUACAAAGGCUGGCUGUGCUGCUCUGUGAAAGCCCGCAGGAGUCCUGAGAUGCAGAGAGUAAGCAGCCCACUGGGGCGUAAGCUGCGUGUGGAGCCUGGGUGCUGGGUGCUGGGAGGGCAGGGCGGGCGGUACCGUCACACUACCUCACUCUGGCCAUGCCCGGCCCACAAGCCCUUGCCCUGCCCUGGCUCAGGAACCAACAUCCCACCUUGGCUGCAGGUUCCAGUGGGCUCCCUCAGGUCUGCACCCAGCGCCACAUGGGGACAUGCGCCUCUAGCUGCCACCACUGCUUGGUGACAGUUGCAGCCCAAACCAGGAAAGCCUCCUAGACCCCAUGGUGGCUAAGGCAGGGUCUCCGCUGGAUGCUGCUCAUCUUCCCUGCAGGAGCACCAGGAGCACACCACGUUCUGCCUGCUCUGGUGACCUUGCCUCACCUGGGAUGAAGUUCAGAUCACACGGAGGCCGGAGGCACGCCCUGCAGCCCUCCGUGUGGCGGGAUGUAACAGGUGAAGGCUUUCCACGGGGCACUGUGCUCAACCUUGCCCGCCAAUGUCACUCACACCAAAGGGUUGUCUCGCUCUCUAGAAUGCCAUCCACUUCAUACUGUCCAGCCACCCCUCAUUCACAAAUGACCCUUCCACAGCUGAGUCCAUUUAGCGGCUGCUGAUCAGCAAGGAGGGCUGAUCUCCACUGCCCAGGGUGGCUCCUCAGAUGUGGACUUAGGCUGGAGGGAGGAGACAGGUGUGAAGGCACAGUAGGGUGGUGUGGUAUGCAGGGCACCCUCUAUCAGUCCCUCCAUCUGAGGCCAAGUGCCCAGGAGUCCCCAGCUAUUUGCAUGCAGGUCCCUGUGUAAGACCCACCCUCUGGAGCAUGCCACACCCCAGCAGAUGCAGCCUGCAUGCCACAGGCUGUGGGCAACCAUUGGGGCCAAGUGCUGUCCACCCAGCCUGCAGACAGAAGCUCCCUGGGGGCUGGGAGUGCCUGACCCUGAAAGGCUAUCCCACCUUUCUACUGAGCUGCCCCUGACCCACAUGGCGUGGUGAGCCUUGCGCGGCCACUGACCCUUGCUGCAGAUGUGAAACUGCUGGCCGCAGUGUAGAUGCCUUUUUGUGAACUCUGACCUAGAACCGUCUUAACCUGCAUUUUUUUUUAUUCAGUUCUUUCCCUGGUGCAGGUAAACCCCUUGCUUACUGCACCCCCACACAUAUAGCCAAAGGUAACGUCUGCUGGGCACUGGGUUCUCCAUGGAGCAGCCAGUUAGAGUGGCCUCUUGUUUUUUAGCUGGAAACGGCCUGGUUAAUUACAAAAUGGAAACAAACCUUCUCUAAUGAAUGUACUGUUUAAAUCAUACCACUGCUAUGUAUUUUACCACUGAAAUCAAGGAGCACUAUCAAAAUUAAAGGAAAAGUUUGCUCCUUUUAGAAAUAAAUGUCACUUGAAA